CAGAGAGAGGUUAGGGUAAAAGGGUAGUGCGCUUCAACUUUUAGAACAGCUUUUCUGUUCUCCAAUCACUGCCUUUUUUCACCUCCUGUCCCUCCUCCCUCUCUGUGUCUCUUUCUUUUUCUGCCUUUCGGUGGCUGUUUGGCUUCAGUGGGUCUUUGCCAUCACACUACAAUGACUGCUGUAGCUGUAGCCUCCCUGCAGUGAGCAUUCUGAGGUUAUGCUGCCCGAAAGUUCCCAGUUGAGUCUGAAUGAAAGAGAAAAGGGCUAAAGCCAGCGCACUUUACAGUACCACACACAAACCUGACCAUAAGCAAUGAGUGACCCUCAGGAUGCCAGUGACGUCACUUCAGCCGCAGGCUUGACGAAGCAUUUGCCUGUUGCAGUGCAUUCUCCGCCCCAGCGAUGUGAUGAUGAUGAUGAAGGGGACUUGAACAAGACACUGGGAGUGCAGCGCUUCCAGCAGAUCCUCACACCCCCCCAGCGCGUGCCCAUCGAACAACACCGCACCUUUAAUGAGGAGGACUUUGACGAGGCACAGACGCUCGCCACCGUUGACCUGGAUGGCAUUAAAAGUCACAGGUUUGAAGAUGUCCCUGGUGUGCGGCGGCACCUGGUUAAGAAAAGCGCUAAAGGUCAGGUGGUUCACAUCGGCAAGGACUACAAAGAGCCCAGCAGUCGUAUCCGGACCAAGUUGGAUCGAACCCCACAUGAGAGGAGAUCAUGGCCCUGUUACAUGGACUACAGGGUUCGUCAGGCCCGACAGCUGAAGGUGUUUGUCGAGCUGAAUGAGUUACUGAUGGAUAAGAACCAGGAGAUGCACUGGAAGGAAACCGCUCGUUGGAUAAAGUUUGAGGAGGAUGUGGAGGAGGAGACGGAGCGCUGGGGCAAACCUCAUGUAGCUUCUCUCUCAUUCCGCAGCCUGCUGGAGCUCCGCAAGACCAUUUCACAUGGUGCAGUGUUGUUGGAUCUGGACCAGAAGACGCUGCCUGGUAUUGCUCAUCAGGUUGUGGAGCAGAUGAUUAUCUCAGAUCAAAUCAGAGCACAGGACAGAGCCAAUGUGCUCCGAGCCCUGCUCCUCAAACACAGUCAUCCGAGUGACGGCAAGGAGCACAGCUUAUUUAAACGGAACAUCUCAGCAACCAGCCUUGGCUCUCUCAUAUCUCAUUACCAUAGCAGUAACCAUAUCGCCGCACCGGAGCCCCCUGCCACAGACCCGCUCAUCGGAGGACUACGUAACUUUGAGUCACGGAUUAGUGUCGACUCAGAUAGGAAUGAGAAAGACACACCCCAGUUUUUUGGUUUGCACAAGACCAAAUCUAAACAUGAGCUGAAGCUGCUUGAGAAGAUUCCAGAGGAUGCAGAAGCAACCGUUGUCCUUGUGGGUAGUGUGGAUUUCCUGGACCAGCCGACCAUGGCCUUUGUGAGACUGCAGGAAGCGGUUCUGUUAGAGUCAGUUCUAGAAGUGCCGAUUCCAGUGCGCUUUCUUUUCGUGUUGCUCGGCCCUCCCAAUGCCAACAUUGACUACCACCAAAUCGGCCGCUCCAUAUCAACACUUAUGUCUGAUAAACACUUCCAUGAAGUGGCGUAUUUGGCAGAUGAGCGGCAGGACCUGCUGACAGCCAUCAACAGCUUCCUGGACUGCAGUAUUGUGCUUCCUCCAUCUGAGGUUGGAGGAGAUGAGCUGCUGCAUUCUAUCGCUCGCUUCCAAAAAGAGAUACUGCACAAGAGACAUGAACAAGAGGUCAAACUACAGGCCAAAGAACCCAAGAGCCCCGAGGACAUUGCUCUUCAUCCUCCUCUCAAACCUGAAGACGAUCCUCUUCGGAGGACGGGUCGGCUGUUUGGCGGGGUUAUCCGAGAUGCACGGCGCCGCUACCCCAAAUACAUCAGUGAUUUUAAAGAUGCCCUAAGUCCUCAAUGCAUGGCCACAGUCAUUUUCAUUUACUUUGCUGCCCUUUCUCCUGCCAUCACCUUUGGAGGACUUUUGGGUGAAAAGACAGACGGUUUGAUAGGUGUGUCCGAGCUGAUUAUUUCCACUGCCAUGCAGGGAAUGUUGUUCUGUCUGCUUGGGGCUCAACCUCUGCUGGUGGUGGGCUUCUCUGGACCCCUUCUAGUGUUUGAAGAGUCCUUCUAUUCAUUCUGUAGGUCCAGUGAAAUCGAGUAUCUGACAGGACGUUUGUGGAUUGGAAUCUGGUUGAUCAUCAUUGUAGUUCUCACGGUGGCCUUUGAAGGGAGCUUCCUGGUGCGAUUUGUGUCACGCUUCACCCAAGAGAUCUUCUCCUUCCUUAUCUCUCUCAUCUUCAUCUACGAGACCUUCUUCAAGCUGGGCAAAAUCUUCAUGGAUCAUCCUCUCAGAAGCUGCAGUGGGCGAGAAGAAAAUGACACUGCUUUACCAACACCCACAAGUGACGGCAGGUCUUCAGAUGCCUCUCAAACCCUAAACCAGCCAAACACAGCUCUCCUCUCCCUGGUGCUCACGGCCGGCACCUUCUUCAUUGCCUUCUAUCUGCGUAAAUUCAAGAACAGCGCUUUUUUCCCUGGCACGCUCCGAAGGGCUAUUGGAGAUUUUGGAGUUCCUAUUGCAAUCUUCAUCAUGGUUCUGUUGGACUACAGCAUUAAGGACACUUACACACAGAAACUAAGUGUGCCUGAUGGCUUCUCUGUGACCAGCCCUGACAAGCGUGGUUGGUUAAUACACCCACUGGGCUCUGAUGGCCAGUUCCCCAUUUGGAUGAUGGUUGCCAGCAUUCUCCCUGCCCUGCUUGUCUAUAUCCUAAUUUUCAUGGAGACUCAAAUCACCACGCUUAUUGUGAGCAAGAAGGACAGGAUGCUGGUUAAGGGUUCAGGGUUUCACUUGGACCUGCUGAUCAUCGUGGUCGCGGGAGGUGUUUCAGCGCUGUUUGGGCUGCCGUGGUUGACCGGUGCUACAGUUCGUUCUGUAACUCAUGCAAAUAGCCUCACAGUGAUGAGCAAAGCUGUUGCACCUGGUGACAAACCACGCAUUCAGGAAGUGAAAGAGCAGAGAGUAACAGGAUUUCUGGUGGCUUUUCUAGUAGGUCUGUCCAUUGUGAUUGGAGAUGUUUUGCGGCAGGUUCCUAUCGCUGUGUUGUUUGGUAUAUUCCUCUAUAUGGGAGUGAUGUCUCUCAAUGGGAUCCAGCUAACAGAACGCAUGAUGCUGCUAUUUAUGCCACCGAAGUACCAUCCUGAACACACCUAUGUCCGCAAGGUGCGUACUCUACGCAUGCACCUGUUCACAUGUUUGCAGCUGGUGUGCCUGGCUGUGCUGUGGGCUGUAAUGUCAACCUCGGCCUCGUUAGCCUUCCCGUUUGUUCUUGUCCUCACUGUGCCAUUCAGAAGGUUCCUGCUGUCCCGAAUAUUUACUCGCCGUGAGAUACAAUGU